CGUUAUUGCUCUACCCCAAAACUCCUUCAAUAAUAUUAGGGUUUAUAAUUUACACCGCGGCUACUCCAUACUCCUCCCCCGAGCUUCUCCAAUCUCAACCUAGCGUUCCUAAUUCUCGAUCACCAUGGGGAAGACAAGAGGAAUGGGAGCUGCCCGCAAGCUGAGGAAACUCCGUAUUAAGCAAAGAUGGGCAGACAAGCAAUUCAAAAAGUCUCAUCUUGGGAAUGAAUGGAAGAAGCCUUUUGCUGGUUCAUCCCAUGCCAAAGGAAUUGUUCUUGAAAAGAUAGGUAUUGAGGCUAAGCAGCCUAACUCUGCCAUUAGAAAAUGUGCCAGAGUUCAACUCAUCAAAAAUGGGAAGAAGAUAGCUGCAUUUGUGCCAAACGACGGUUGCUUAAAUUACAUCGAAGAAAAUGAUGAAGUUUUGAUAGCUGGAUUUGGACGUAAAGGUCAUGCUGUUGGAGAUAUUCCUGGAGUUAGAUUCAAGGUUGUGAAGGUUUCCGGUGUCUCUCUCCUUGCCCUAUUCAAGGAGAAGAAGGAAAAGCCUAGGUCUUAAAUUUGGGGAUGGAUCUCCUCUCUUUUUUAUUUAUUUCUACAAAGAAACUUGUUAUGAAUUUUGCAACUUGAAGCUAAUUGAAUUCUAUCAACAAUUUUGUAUUCUUAAUAGUAAUCCUUUUGAAUUUAAGUUGAUUCAAAUGAUAA